AUGACGUCAAAGACAUCUCCCAAGAUCACAUUCUACUCCAACGUGAUAUGCCCUGCCUCGCACAAGAUCAAGAUCGCCCUGCGUGAGCUGGGCCUGGAGUGGGAGGAGAUAGAGGUCGACGUCAGCAAGCCCCGCUCGCCCGAGUUCCUGGCCAUCAACCCGCGCGGCCUCGUGCCGACGCUCGUCUACGAGGGGCACGCGCUGCGCGAGUCGGUCACCAUCGCGACCUUCCUUGCCGAGGCGCACGGCAACGGCAGGUUCGCCCCGGUCCCGGGCGCGGACGUCGUGGAGGGCGCUCUGUGGCGGCAGCGCGUGGCCUUCUUCCAGGACACGUGGGCCAAGUACGUGCACAACCUGUACACCCGGAGCUGGACGCGCGACACGGACGAGGAGGGGCUGCCGCUGGCGGAGAAGGCGUGCGCCAACGUCGUCGCGCAGCUGGACCCGCUGCUGGCGGACGCGGCGCCGUAUUUUGGCGGCGCCGACGGGCUCACUCUGGCCGAGGCGCUGGUGGGGCCGACGCUGCUCGUCUUCUACGCGCACGCGCGGCACGGCGUGUUCCCGGCGCGCCUGGUGGCGGACUACGAGCGCACGGCGCCCAACUUCCACCGGUGGGCCACGGCGGUCAUGGCGAACCCGGCGGUGGCGAGGGACUUCCGCGAGGACGAGUACAUGGCCGGGCUGAGGGCAGCGCAGGCGUUCCGGCGGAGCGGGGCGAGCUUCGAGGGGACUGUGCUGGAGCGGGUGGAGGAUGGGACGGCUUGA